CAGCUGUAAGAGGUUUUGGGUCGUCAAUCGGAAAGGAACCAAAAUCAUUUUACUUAUUUUUGUUACGACCAGCUUAAGAAAGCCAUGUUAUAUAAGUAAAUAUGUACAAGUGACGAUUAAAAGCCUUCAGCAUACAGUUAUUGACAUAAUUAAGUUGUGAAGGUUUGAACUUGCUGUUACUUAGGGCAGAUGCAAUAUUGAAUUUUAAUGAGGAAAAUGAAGGAAUAAAUUGAUGAAAUUAGCAGAGAACUGAUAUUUGAAAAUUAAAAUGCCUAAAAAAGGGAAUUUAGCAACUCAUAAUACUAGUUACAUGUCUCCAAGAUUACCACCUGUGAGGCCAAAAUUAUUCAAAGAAAAUAGAUUAGAAUUAGUAAGAAUUUUAACAUCACUUCACAAAGAUUACAGAUUCAAAAAAGAUGAAAUAUUCAAACGAAUGAAAGCAGCCACUUUUGUUCAGUUGGUUACUAAGGUAUGGGAAUAUCAAAGAGACACAUGUAAUAGUUCUAUGAACAAUGGAAACUUAUCAACACGACCUGAUACAGCUGAUAUGGAGAUUCAGAGAAUACAAGGAGGACAAAGAAUCAGCCCUGCUCCAUCAUUAGCUCUCACUGAGGGAGAUUAUGGUGAACCUGAUAGAUCUGGAAAAAGAUCUACAUUACAGGGAGUUGUAAGAGGUGUUGGAGAGAUAGAUAUAGACAAACCACCACCACCAGCUCCUAAACCAGACUUAUUAGAUGAUGGUUGUCCAUAUUUGCUGUUAGAUAUCCGGGUGAAAGAUGAUUAUGAUCAGUUUCAUAUGAUCUCAGCCAAGAGUUAUCCAACAGCCUACUUGUCGAGGGCCACAAAUUUUGAAACAAAAGACAUGCUGGCAUAUAAAAAUGUUCCAGGAAAAAUAAUUUUAGUUUGUGAUGAAGAUGAAAGAUUAGCGCCUAAUGCAGCUACAACUCUAGUCCAAAGGGGAUAUGAUAACUUGUUUUUGUUAUCAGGGGGAAUGAGGAUAGCCUACAAAACAUUUCCAGAAGGUCUUUUUACUGGUACACCUAAUCAAAAUGUGACAGAAGCAGCCAAGCCACCAAAAGAAAUCAUUCCAGCCUCACAGAAAGAUUUUGACCAACAUGAUAUAGAUCGAUUAAAUAUGUACUUAGAUAAUGCCUUACAAGAUAGAAGCACAGGAAGUCGUUUGUCCAAUGCCAGUACCAUGGCCAGCAGUAGUAGAAUGGGUAAAAGCUCCGGUAUGGGUACACCUAAAAGUUAUAUGUCAGGGUCAGUGGCAUCACACAGAGCACCAUUUAAAUGAUAUCACAUCCAUGUGUGUCUGAGAAUGAAUGGGUUGAAUGAAGAGAGAAUUGGAAUCCAAAGUGUUCACAGAAAAAACUCUGCAGUAUUUAUUGUUUUCAGGUUUUAACUUGAACCAACUCGUUUUCAAAUUCUUGCAUUUUGCAAGAACGAUCCCAUAUUUUAUUGUGUCUUCAAUGAAGGAAAUUGUCACCAUUUCAACAGUUUUUGACUUUUUUGUAUAUUUCUUAUUUUUGGUUUGAAAAUGAAUGUUUUUAUGUAUGUUUGUAGAACAUAAAAAAACAAAAACCUCAAAAAGGUUACUACUGUUCUUCAGUGAGUUUUAAAUACUGCAGCUAGCACAGAUUUAUAUAUAUACUUGUGUCAAUUUUGGCAUUCUAAAUAUUUAUUCCGUCCAUAAAAGUGCUUUAACUUAAUUUGUAUAUCUUGUCAGCCAUAAAAUGGUCAUCUAUGAAUAAUAUACUUUGUAAAUAAAUAUGUGUAUACAUGUACAGAUCCUAAAACACAAGAAAAUAAUAUGGUUUUGAUAUGAACACAUAUUUUAUCAUUAAUACUAAAAUUUAAUAUUAGAUCUGAGUGUUUGUACACAACAUAUGAAAUUUUAAGAUCAUUGUUAUUUUAGUGAUAUAUUUGUUUGAAUUGGUUUUUCAUUGAAUUUUUUAUGAAGGAAAUAUUUGGAAAUAAUUUCUUUUCAGUAAAAAGAAAUUUUGAUAUUAACUCAAAUAAGUGUAAAUCACUUUGCAAUUUCAGAGUUGAUAUUAACAAGGGUGAGGGGAAUAUUUUUGAACUUUCAUAAUUUGUAAUUACUUUAAAUAAAAGAAUUCUAUUUAUUAAUUUUAUACAUAUAAUAAAGCAUGUAACAUACUUGA